UUCCUACCUCAUCCAGGGCUGAGAUCCCAGGUUUCUAACAGAAAACACCACUUCAGCCCCAGGACAGCAGAGAACCACCCAGCCCAGAAGCCCCAGAAGAGGCAACUCUCUUCACCAUGGAGUACCUCUCAGCCCUCAACCCCAGCGACAUGCUCAGGUCCGUGUCUAAUAUGAGCUCCAAGUUUGGACGUAGGGUCUGGACCUCAGCUCCACCACCCCAGCGACCUUUCCGUGUCUGUGAUCACAAGAGGACUAUCCGGAAAGGUCUGACAGCUGCCACCCGCCAGGAGCUGCUAGACAAGGCCCUGGAGACCCUGCUGCUGAGUGGAGUGCUAACCCUGGUGCUAGAGGAGGAUGGGACUGAAGUGGAGAGCGAGGACUUCUUCCAGCUGCUGGAGGAUGACACAUGCCUGAUGGUGCUGGAGUGCGGGCAGAGCUGGAGCCCCACCAGGAGUGGAAUGCUGUCCUAUGGCCUGGGCCGGGAGAAGCCCAAGCACAGCAAGGACAUCGCCCGCAUCACCUUUGAUGUGUACAAGCAAAACCCUCGAGACCUCUUUGGCAGCCUGAACGUCAAAGCCACAUUCUAUGGGCUAUACUCCAUGAGUUGUGAUUUUCAAGGACUCGGCCCAAAGAAAGUACUCAGGUCAGAAAUCAAAAUGUCCUACUUCCCCAUCCCCAACAUGUGGACAGUCCCCAUAAUUCCUGCUCUGAUACCUACCUAUCCCCAGUUAGCUCUUGCUUGUGGAAAACUUUCAGCCCCCAGCUUGAUGGCCUCCUCCUGGGUUUCCCUAAUCAUCUGAUUUCCUUGUCUCUGCCCUUCAGGGAGCUCCUUCGCUGGAUGUCCAUGCUGCUACAAGGCGUGGGCCACAUGCUGCUGGGAGUUUCCUCCACCCUUCGCCAUGUAGUGGAGGGAGCUGAGCAGUGGCACCAGCAGGGUCGCCUCCGUUCCUACUGAGAAAGGGCUCUGAGCUUCUGUCCCCAGACUCAUUCCAAGAGAUACACUGUGACAGCGUCAGGUUUCAGGACCUGCAGACAGUGCAGGCUAUAUAACUUACCCCAUUUUCCCACUGUCCUCUGACCCCAUCAUGACAGAAUUCAUCACCAUAAUGCCUUAUACCCUAAACCUAUACCAUUACCUGAAGAAUGCUGUCCCUUCCUACCCACAUUUUCAGCCUCCCACUUAACCUGAAAGGCCACAAGCCUGUCCCCAGGCAUCUUAAUCCCAAUCUGACUGCUGCUACAUCUAGAUCCCUUACCAACUCCUCCUGUCCCUAAGCCCCGCGCAAACUGAUGAACAGAUCCUCUCUAACCUUACCGUGAGAUCUGUCUCCAUAUCCUUCCCCACCCCACCCAAAAUAAAAACAUUUGAAUAAAAAUAUGAAAAUGUU